AUGCGUGGAACUCCAGUACAUUGCCAUGAGGUGCUCCCUCCUGUUUACCGUGAAGUGUUGAUUGUUUACCCCGAAUCUCUCAAAGCCCCUGUGAGUGACACAUAUGAACCUGUGCAGAAUUCUAGCGAGUUGGCACAUGAAGCUGUUAUGGCUAAUACGUUCGGCGGUCAAGGAAAACAGUGCCUCUGUUGGUUCCCCGAGUCUCCACGCUGGCUGGCGUGCAGGGGUCGCGACCAGGAGGCGCUGGCCGUUGUGCGUCGCAUAGCAGCCACCAACGGCUCCACGGUGCCUCCGUUCGCCUUGCAGGUGAUCCAGACUGUGGGCGAGAGCAAGACAGACAGGAGGGGCUUCCUCAGCAUCUUCUCCAGCUGGAGUGUCUUCAGGAACACAGUAAUCCUCAUUGUUGCCAGGUCGGUAGACCUGCUGACAAUGUACUCACCGGUGAUAGCAGUGAGCCGAUUGAGCGCGAACCCUUUCCUCGGGAUAGUGGCGCAGGGGGCGGCCAAGUUCACUGCCUACUACCUGGUGAACUACUUUGGAGCGAGGUUCGGUCGCCGUUGGCCCGGCGUGGCCAGUGCACUCUUGGCUGCAAUGGCCUGUGUCCUCAUCUUCUGCCUGCUGACUGCGCACAUCGCGGGUGCAGGAAUCGUGGUGGCGACCAUGCUGAUGCAGUUCAGCACCAUUGCCAACAUGGGCAUAGCGAACCUGCAGAGCAUCGAGGUGCACCCCACGUGUCUCCGCCAGAUCGCCACGAGUGUCGAGUGGGCAGUUGCCGGGAUUGCCAUGUCUUCCCUGCCCUACCUGGCUUUGAUGGACGACAAGCGACUUCCCUUCGCCAUCCUCGCAGCCCUGAACUUGGUGGUGGCGUUUUCCGUGUCGUUCCUGCCGGAAUCUGCGCUGCAGCGGUUGCCGGAGACGUUAAGGGACGGUGCCGUCUUUGGCAAAGGACAGCCUUACUGGAGCUGGAAACCUAAACCGACACCAGAGUACGCCAAGGGCUAA